AUGCGAUAACUCUCAAAAUAAUUAGGUAACCUAUACCAAUGAGCUACUUCUCAUCUGCUGUUUGAGUUGAAAAUACUGACGGUUUCAACUGUGAAUCAGUACGCAUUAUCAGCUCAGUCUUUUUCAAUCAUCUCACUUCAUAAUUCUCUGUUUAGGUAUAGGUACAAUAGUAAAAAUGAAAAGUGUUAUUUUUUCAUUAUUCAUUUUGUUUUGCAGCAAAGUAGAUGGAAGUGUUGGUAAUGUCACGAGUGAGGCCGAAACACGAAUUUUACCUACAUCAACUUUUGAUCCUGAAGUUACAUCUGCUGCAACAACAAAGCUCACUCUUCGAGACGACCUGGACGACUUUUUUAUCGCAGAUAUCUCAUCAUUAGACACAGAUGCGAGUGAUAAAACCGAGAAAAGGAUAAUUAACGCUUUCACCGAGUUCUCAUCGAACUGUAACCUUUACAAACGAAUGAAGCUUUCGUUGGAUAACUUCACAUUUGCGAAAGAAUCAAUCGACGUUGAUUUGGGUAUAGGAAAAGCUUCAUUUUAUAACAUUAUUGCCACAGAAGGCUACUGGAAAAUUGGAUUGUACUCUACGUUGAUAAGAUGCGAUUCCUCAAGAAAAGCCAAGGUUACAGUAACACUUCCUAAAUACAUUGAAAUUACUGCAAAUAUAAAAAUUAUCGGGAUGAAAGAUCUUUCAUAUAAAUUAUCAUCGCAAUCAACGAAGGAAGGAUCAAUUUCUAUACUCUUAAAAAACGAAUCCAUUUCAAAAGAAUUCUUUUUGCAAGCAAAUAAUUCCAAUCAUGAAGACGACAUAACACGAAAAAUAUCUUAUUGGAAUACAGAUGUAACCCUAGACAUAGAUGCAAAAUACCAAAAGCUAAUCUACAAAAAUUUAUAUGAAUUUCUCAGCGAAGUGGAAUCAUCUCUGGAACAAUUCCUUAUCGAUCAAUUAAACGCGGAAUUAUCCAAAAAUGAAAUUUCUAUAGAUCGAAGCUGCUCCAAAUUUCUCAACAUGGGAAAAAAUUCAAAAAAUAUAAAUUCGCCAUUUUUAAACAAAGACAUCAGUGACUUCAAUAACGUAUACGUGAUACAGAACAUACCUAUAGAAUCAUGGAAAGGAAUCAGUCAGAGUUCAGGAUCCAUUAUAAUCAAAGGCAUUUCCCAUUUCAAUAGCAUAGAAGUGGAUAUUUCAGCCACUGAUUUAUCGAGUCCAUCAGACGAUGGCUUCUUUUACAGUUUCCCAGACUAUCAAGAAAAAAAAGAAAUGACACUUCGAUUUGUAACAAAUGGUUUAAGAGGCAAACUGAACUGGAGUUAUAAUUCUAAACAAACGUCGUUUUCCUUUUUCAUCGAUUUCAUUCAGUUCGAAAUUAAGAAGAAAAAAAUUUACAAAUAUAAAAACAUAUUUGCUUCCGAUGAUAGAUAUAAUAUCAUAAUGUGCGUUCGAAAUGAGGAGAAUAUGAUGAAUGUAGACGUAUACUUGGGAGAUGUUCGAUUCAAAUCAUCUGGUGAUUGUGAAAAACAGAAUGAAUUUAUGAACUUCAUUCUUUCUGAAUAUUUGAAGUCGAUCGUAAAAGAUUCGUUGAAAAAUUCGUUGGAGAAAAAGCUCCAAAAUAAUUAUUUUGGUAAAUAUUGCUGAGGUGAAAAUUGU